AUGUUUUCCACCCAAAAUCAGCAACCUUCAAAAAAUUCCACAUCCUCAGAAAAACAUAAUGCAACACAACGUUUAGCACAAUUCGUUCAAGAAGACGAUUCUGCAAGAUACGUUAUUCAUUCUGAAAAUGUAAUUUGUCGUGAUACUGCUUUAAAUACUGGCUCUAGAAUAGAAGCAGAAGAAACUAGUGAGAAGGAAGUGACUGGAGGGACGGGGAAAAUAAGUUGUGUGAAUUUAAAAGAAUUGGAUAAAACUGAAAUAUUUGCUGAAAUGCAAAAGCUAGGUUUUUUUUGUGCUUUGCCACAAGAUCCAAAGAAGAAUGGCAUAGAGU